AAAGAGAAUUCAAAAUAAAAACAUAACCUCAAAAUAUUUUUUUAUCAAUAAUCAAAAUUCAAAAAUAUUAAAUUUGUUUAAAAUGCCUUCAAUUCAUUACAUAGAGUUCUUUAUAAUUAGUUUAGGCUUACAUAUAUUCACGUUAUUUACUUACAUGGCUUACUAUAGUGAUCUAAUAAAUAGUAACUACUUCAAAGAUUUUCAACAAGAAUACGAUUAUAUUAUCGUGGGAGCUGGCACAGCUGGUUCCGUCAUAGCUCAACAAAUAGCAACCGAAACAAAUCAUUCGUUUAUAGUCCUAGAAGCUGGCGGGAGAAGUAAUAGUCUGUUCAACAUGCCGGUUUUGGGUCCAUUUUUACACGGAUCAUUGUAUGACUGGCAAUUCGAAACUCUACCACAGAGAGAUGCUUGCCUGGCUAUGAGAGAUAAGAAAUGCAAAAGUCCUCAAGGGAAGAUAAUAGGCGGAUCUUCAGCACUCAAUAAUAUGAUUUACGUAAGAGGCAAUAUAUCACAUUAUGUGAAUUGGUUCCAACAAAAAUAUACCAAAGAAUAUAUAAAAAAUAAAUUUAAAUACUUAGAAGAGGAAAUUUUACAUUUAGAAAAUGUUAAGUAUCAAAGUGAUUUGUCAGAUGCCAUAUUAGAUGCUGCCAAAGAGUUAGGAUAUCAUAAUAAUUUAGGAUUAGAUUUUAAUGUAGGAUUUAGUAAAGCUGUAGUGAACCAAAAAAAUGGAAAACGAUGGACAAGCCCCGAAAAGUCUGGUUUUUCUACCCACAUACUGACUAAUGUAUUGGUAAAUAAAAUAAUGUUUGAUAGAAACAAGGCUGUUGGAAUUAGCUUUCUAUUAUCUGGAAAAGUAAAUAAAAUAUUAGCUAGGAAAGGUAUAAUUCUAUCUGCUGGAGCAUACAACACACCAAAAAUUUUACAAUUAUCUGGUAUUGGACCUGAACAAAUAUUGAAACAAUUUGACAUACCACUGGUAAAAAACCUCCCAGUAGGCAAAAAUUUACAAGAUCAUGUAACUACAGGUUUGGACUUGGUUCAAUUUGAUAAACCAGUCUCUAUAACUGCCAUGGAUAUGGUAAAUCCAUUUCAUGCUUUUGAUUACUUCUUCAAUGGAAGAGGCCCUCUUACUUCAUCUGGUUGUGAAAACAUAGGCUUUUUGUCUUCAAUGAACCAAACAACACCAGACUUGCAGUUCAUGGUGCUAUCAGCAGGAUUAGCAUCUGACAGAGGGACUCAAUUGAAAAAAACUGUCAAUAUAAAUGAAAUAACAUGGAAUAAUUAUAUCUCUAAAGGUUUGGAUAAGUAUGUAGCUACUAUACUACCUGUGAUCUUACAUCCUAAGAGUAAAGGUGAAGUGUACAUACAAAGCACAGAUCCAAAUAUCCCACCUGUAAUAGAUCCAAAAUAUUUAUAUAAUAAAGAAGAUGUAAAUUUACUUAUAAGAGGUUUGAGGCUUAUUAAAGAAUUCGUUGAAACAAAGGCUAUGCGAAAUAUUGGCGCAUAUUUAAAUGAAAACAUAUUUCCAGGAUGUGAAAACUACGAUUUUUUUUCAAAUUCGUAUCUCGAAUGUUAUGUGAAACAUUUAACUUUAACCAGUUUUCACCCAGUUGGUACUUGCUCUAUGGGUUUACCGACCUCCGAAAAUGCAGUUGUUGAUAACUCCUUCAAAGUUUUAGGGGUAGACGGAUUAUACGUAGUCGAUGCUUCCGUUCUGCCGACGAUGCCUAGCGGCAAUAUAAAUGCAGCCGUUGCUAUGAUGGCUUUGGUAUUUUUCGACACGAACAUAAGAUUAAACAGUGAAAUAAAAACUGAUAUUCCUUUUUGUUUUAAAAAAGACCGAUUUUAUAAUGAUAAUAGUAUGUUAGUUUGUUACAAAUGAGAUUAUUUUAAAAUCUAAGUAUGCAUAUUUAAAUUAUUUAUUCAUAUAAAUAUACCCACAAAGUUUAUAAUACA